GUCGGCAAUCAUGUGACAGCGGGUUCAAGAGGAAGCGGCUGCGGCAGUCGGAGCUACUUGCGCCCGAGGACAGCGGCCGCCUGGGCAGCCUGAGCCAGGUGUGGGGAGCGUCCCCGCGGGAGGAAGGGGCUCAUCAUGGCGGAUGAUUUGAAGAGAUUCCUCUACAAAAAGUUACCAAGUGUUGAAGGUCUUCAUGCCAUUGUAGUCUCAGACAGGGAUGGAGUGCCUGUUAUCAAAGUGGCAAAUGAUAAUGCUCCAGAGCAUGCUUUGAGACCUGGUUUCCUGUCUACGUUUGCACUUGCAACCGACCAGGGCAGCAAACUUGGACUUUCCAAAAACAAAAGUAUCAUUUGCUACUACAGCACAUACCAAGUAGUCCAAUUCAAUCGGUUACCAUUGGUGGUGAGUUUCAUAGCAAGCAGCAGUGCAAAUACUGGACUGAUUGUCAGCCUAGAAAAGGAGCUUGCCCCAUUGUUUGAAGAGUUGAGACAGGUCGUGGAAGGUUCUUAACCUGACUGUGGCCUGACCCUGGCCAUGUUGUUGAUCCCAGUGAGUCCAGUCCCGCAACCUUGACUUCAUCAAGUAACGUGACUCCACACUCUUAGAAAAGACAACUUGCUCCAACUUAGCCUGAAGAAGAAGAUUGUAUUUAUUAUUUCUAAAUCGAUGGACUGUUGUGUUGGGUUUUAGGCUCAAUUCUUCUGUAGGGUGAUUUCGGGGGAGGCCACUAAAAAUGGUUCAGUAUCUAUCACAGCUCCUAUGGAGUUUAGCUCAGCCACCAAUGAAGGAUGAGAUUCUCCUCCAGUGGAUCAGAAUCAAACUGAGCCAGCUAAGGCUCCCCUGUUGUGUACAGUACAUAUAGGCCUGCAGUAUACAGCAUACAGGCCCUGCUCUGUAUAUGCUAUUGCUUUAUUGUGAAUAAUAGAGAACUUAUUUUUGUGUGUGCCAUGUUGUGUGUCUACACUGAGUGAGAGGAAGCCAGCGUCUAACAGCAGUAAUAAACCAGUACAAUCACUAACUACUCCUGUUUAUAUCAUUGUGAGGUAGAGAUUUAAGAAAGCGUCACUAAUUGGUAUUUCUCUUGUUGCUUUAGAUCUAGUUUUAAAUUCAGCUAUCAAUAACCAAUCAGUAUUUUGAUGUCUUUCUCUUUGUACAAUUUAAAUGUGAAAAUCAGUAUCAAAACUUUGGUUUGUGACAUUUAUAUGAAUACCAUAAUACAACAGUUCUUUUUCCUUUUCCUAAAUAAGGGUCUAAAUAAAAUAGUAUUUUGUAAAAGUA